AUGGAUUUCGAAAGUCUCAAAAAUCAGGUCAGCAACUUGACCCUUUAUGAUAUCAAGGCGGGUGUUCGUAAAGUGCAAAAUGCCGUCAUGAAUCUGACCGAGAUGGAGGCAAAGGUUCGAGAAGCCACAAACGGGGAUCCUUGGGGAGCGUCGGCCACUUUAAUGCAGGAGAUUGCUCAAGGCACACACAACUACCAACAACUGAAUGAGAUCAUGCCCAUGAUCUACAAACGAUUCACGGACAAGACUGCGGAAGAGUGGAGGCAGAUAUACAAAGCACUGCAGUUGCUGGAAUUCCUCUGCAAAAACGGCUCGGAGCGGGUCAUUGAUGACGCCAGAUCACACCUGUCCCUCCUACGGAUGCUCCGACAAUUUCACUAUAUCGAUCAGAACGGCAAAGAUCAAGGUGUCAAUGUCCGAAACAGAUCUGCAGAGCUGGUCAAGCUAUUGAGUGAUGUGGACACCAUCCGAGCAGAGAGGAAAAAGGCGCGAGCCAACAGGAACAAAUAUGGCGGAGUGGAAGGCGGAAUGGGCAUGGGCAGCGGUUUCUCGAGCGGAAGUCGAUAUGGUGGCUUCGGAAGCGACACUGGCGGAUUUGGUGGCUAUCAAGGAGAGGUCUAUGGUGAUGGCGGCGGUUUCGGCGGGCGUGAGACGGACUUCUCUGGCACCCAGCGCCGAGGAGACCAAUUUGAAGAAUAUGACGAGGCUGACGAAAUAGAAACGACAAAACCGACAGCUACACGGACGGCACCAACGACGGCCGCGAAACGAGAUCCGCCCCAACCGAAAGAACCAGAGCAGGAUCUCUUUGAUUUCGGCGAUGAACCACCCACGACUACAUCUAAUGGCAAAGCUUCAGCUACUUCUUCCAGCGGCCUCGACAAUUUGGGGGGAAUGCAGAGAAGUUCUGCAAAUGACGACGACGACGACUUUGAUGACUUUCAAUCAGCAACCAGUCCAGCAGCAGCGCAACCUGCCGCCAAUCCUUUGGCAGCCAUUACUCCUCCACCUGCCACUUCGACGACGACGUCAGCGACUCAAUUCGCCGCCCCCAAGCCUGUGGCUCCCGGACAAGCCGCGAAUCUCAACAAUAUCUUCUCUACUGCAUCGCCGGCUCCAUCGACAUCUUCUUCCAUAGUGUCUCCGGCGGCGUCGACGUCAACUUUCUCACCACCGCCACCGACACAGAAACCCCCUCAACCCCUACAGCCGGCCGGAGGGUACAAGCCUACGGGACCAAACUAUUUUACUUCGGUGCCCAUCUCGGUGAACCCGCAGCCUACUCCGACGUCAACCGCAUCAACACCCAUGAGUGGAGCUACCCCGUCAUAUACAUCCUCCACCUCAGCAGCUUCCCUGGGCAAACCCUCUCCCAAGCCCGUAUCGAGCGGCGGCAGCGGCGGCGGCGGCGAUGCCUUCGGAUCACUUUGGAAUACGGCAAGCAGCAAGGCCGGAGUCAAGAGCGCAUCUGGGCCACAAAAGGGGCCAGAUUUGGCGAGUAUGGCAAAGGCAAAGAGUCAGGCUGGAAUUUGGGGAGCAGCCUCCUCCGCGGCGGGCUCAACCCCAAGACCUAGUGCCACAACCCCGACUCCGAAUACCGCGUCAGGUCAGGGGAAGCCCAGUACACCACUGGGCAAUGGAUUGGAUGAUCUCCUUGGAUAG